AGCAGGCAAAUCCCAGGUUUUUGAGUUAUUCCAUUUGUUUUUUGGCCGAUCGCCGUAUCCGAGCUUCUUCAUUGUUGGCUCGUUUUCCCAAUAGGAAGCCUAAUCCGCGACGACCUUUACCGGUUAUCGUCGUUGCUCAGAUUCUUAUAUGGCUAUGGCUGUCACAUUGGGUUGUUCGCCUCGUUUCUUAGUGGACGUGAACCUUGAGCGGAAUUGCUGACGGUAGGAGAAGGUAGAGGGGAAUUCCGGGAUGGCGAAUCUGGUGAAAGAGGAGAAGAAGAAUGAGAAGAUAAUUCGAGGGCUUCUGAAGCUCCCUGCCAACCGGAGGUGUAUCAAUUGCAAUAGUCUGGGGCCACAAUAUGUGUGCACAAAUUUCUGGACCUUUGUCUGUACAAACUGUAGCGGAAUACAUCGGGAAUUUACCCACCGAAUUAAGUCCAUAUCUAUGGCUAAAUUUUCUUCGCAAGAAGUGGCAGCCCUUCAAGAAGGGGGAAACGAGCGUGCCAGAGAACUUUACUUUAAGGACUGGGACCCACAACAUCAUUCAUUUCCUCAUAGCAGUAAUAUCGAUAGACUCAGGGAUUUCAUUAAGAAUGUUUACGUGUAUCGGAGGUAUACUGGGGAAAGUGUUGGAGACAGACCUCAGAAAAUGAAGGAUAAAAGGGAUAACUAUAAUGAAAACCAGAAAGCAGAAUCAUAUAAAAGUGGAUUGAGAAGCCCACCAUAUGAAGAUCGAUAUAGUCCUAGUGGUAGAAAUAGUGAUCGUAUUUUCAGAUAUAACUAUGGAGAAAGAAGUCCUGGAUAUGAUCAAGGUAAAUACAAGAGAAGUCCAGCUUAUUUUGAGGUGGUAGAUGACAGGCGUAGAGAUAAUAAAGUUGGAAAUGUAAGACAAAACAGAAGACUUGAAGCCCCUAGGUUUCUGGAAGCACCAAAUCCAGAGGGGAAAUCACCAGAUCAUCAGAAAAAUGUUAAUAAGUCGAGUGACCCAGUGGUGAACCAAGCGAAGGAUACCUCGGUUGAUGAUAUACCACCACUUAAGAUUGGUGAAACAGCUAUAUCUAUGGUUACUGAUGAUUCUACACAAAUGGUCCCUGAUGAUUCUACACAAAUGGAGAGUAAUUUAUCUUCAAGCAGCAUAUGCUCCGCUGAUGCAAAUUCAGUACAGUUGAAAGGAUCGUACUUUGAAAGUCUGAUGGAUUUAAUUGUGGAUCCGAAUCUUCCUGUUGCUACAACAGAAGAACAAGCAGUUCCUCAACAAACUACCUCUGAUACUGAUGAUGGUGGAAAUUCAUCAGCUUCUGAUAUUUCAGGUCAGCAAAAAGUAAGUCAAGUAGCUCCAGAUGCAAACCCAUUAGUAUCUGUUCUUGGUCAGUUAUCAGUUUCAGAACCUGCAGCUAAAGAAAAUGUAUCAACUGUAUCUGUUUCUGGUAUUGAUUCCUCUCCCAAAGCCAGUGGUGGAGAAAACCUGCCCACAAUUCACCAGGAACAACUGUCAUUACUUAAAUCCACUGGUAGUCCCAGUAAUCAGCCAUCCAAUGUACCUGCUGUUGGAACUUCAAAUGACCAGACUUCGAUGUCAUCAGUGGCACCACACGAGCAAGGAUCUUUCACUGCCGCAUCUAUCAACCCAUCUGGCCAUCUACCUCAGAUAACCACUAAGUCAUCUCAAGAAACAAAUGCUGGAAUUUCUUCACAACCAACUUCUGCAGGGAGUACACAUGGUGGAAGGAAAGAACUACCAGCGGAUUUUUUCACUUCUCUUUAUCCAACUACACCUCUAUCAGCUCCAGGUUGGCAAAGAGGGCCAUAUCCUGGCAUAGGGUAUAACAUGCAAUUUCCUACUAGAGUGACUGCGGCUACAUACACACAGACUUCAAAGUCUGUGAACCCAUUUGAUCUUACUAGUGAUCCAGCUCCAACGUUCCCAUCAGUGACACCUCAGCAAGUGCCAUUACCAAACAUGACUUCCCCACUCGCUUUAAUUCGAACUUCUAGUUUUGGAGCCCCUUCCCCACGAUGGAAUCCCUCAGAACACUUGCCCUAUGCAACAAGUGUCUCUCCAGGUACCUUCAUGAUGCAUCAAGUUCCAAACAACAUGCCUCGUGAACUAGCCAUGAUGUCAGUGGGUAAUCAAGGCGGAUUAGGUACUGACAACAGAGGAACUGAUUGUGGUACUUCAGGUAUCCAUCAACAGCCAGCUAUCAGCUACGCCCAAGCAAGUACUCCGAAUUCUGUCAAUCCUGUUGGGGGCAAUCCAUUUGGAUGAACAUGAUAACGGUAGAUAUGGCCCGUUGACAAAAUCAUGCCCUUUGUUUGCUACUAAAACUAAAGCAUUACAGAAAUCUCGCUCCAGCUUUGUUAUGAAACUAGCAACCAUGUGAAGAAGUAUUGCAGUCUGUGGCUUCCAUGGUAAGACCCCAAAUACAAACAUAAAUACAUACAUGCAUAUAUUUGUUUUCUGCAAAACUAGAAUAAAGGGGGAAAGUGUGAUUGGUUUC